CAAAAUAAAAAAAACAUUGUCUAUGGUCAAAAUGGACGGCCAAUCACCUGACAGCUGUGAAGGACUAUUUUUCCAUGGUGAUAUUAUCUGAAAUUGUGUAAAUUAUUACAUAAAACAUUUUACAAUACCACAUACGCGUAGACAAUUAGUGUUAUUUGUGUUUAUCUUGUGUUUAUUGUUAUGGAUAGCGGGAUUCUGUGCACCUUCAGCGAAAAUACUGAAGACACAAUUUGAACAAAGAAAACCAUGGAAGAGCCUAUAAGAGCGAAAGAAUCAAAUUCGACCCACAACAAAGUGACUUAGUCAAUAACUGACUCUAAAAAAAACAAAAAAAAAAUAAAAAAUAAAAAAAAUAGCUAAUUUAGAGAUACAACUAGUCUCGUUGUUAAAUAGAAAAUUUAUUUUUAUGUUUUAAUAAUAAAAACUUUAUUCCAAUUGUAUAUAAUACAAAUCAAUGUUAUAGAAGUUACCAAAGAGUAUAUAUAUUUUUUUUUGUAAAUAGAAAGCGUAGUCUAUAGAUGCUUUUGAGUUUAUGGAAGGGUGCGGCCGUAGACAAUAUAGAGAAAAAUAAAAAAGAAGAAAAAAAUAUGGCGUCGAUGGUGGAAACUCCGCCGCCGCAGUUGAUAACUAAUAUAGAAUGGAGUAUGAUGGAUAAAAGCAAAUUCUUCCCGUUGUACACUUUUAGCAGCUUUACAGUACGGUGCGCGCUAUACCCGCUAACAUUAGUGAAGACACAGAUACAAGUCCAACGCAAAAAGGAGGCAUACAGCGGAGUCACUGACGCCAUAACGAAAAUAUACAGGAACGAAGGCAUCUCAGGACUUUACAGAGGCUUUUGGCUUUCAAGCUUUCAAAUAAUCUCUGGCGUUUUCUACAUCUCGACGUACGAGGGUGUCAGACACGAGCUGGGCAAAUACCACAUCGAUCCCAAAUGGAAGUCUUUUAUAGGAGGCGGUUGCGCUUCCAUAGUGGGACAGACCAUCAUAGUACCGUUCGACGUGUUGAGUCAACACCUCAUGGUGUUGGGGUUGGUGAAAGGGAGGGCUGGUGGCAGCAAAAACCCUACAAUAAACCCACUAGGCCUGGACCUGGACAAGCGCAUGUCCAAAGCGGCCCUCGCGAAGGAGGUGGCGGUGCGCGUGUACCGCCUGCACGGCGCGAUGGGUUACUACCGCGGGUACGCGGCUUCGUUGGCCGCCUACGUCCCUAACUCGGCGCUGUGGUGGGCCCUGUAUACGACUUAUCAAGACGAACUGCUCAAGAUAACCCCAUCAUGGGUGUCCCAUCUGCUGAUACAGUGCGUGGCGGGCACCCUGGGCGGGUUCACCACCACGAUCCUCACCAACCCGCUGGACAUAGCACGAGCGAGACUACAGGUGGAAGGCGUCGGCACAAUGAAGCAAGUAUUCAAACAACUAUGGGCGGAGGAGGGUCUCUGGGGACUGUACGCGAAGGGUCUUUCCGCGCGGCUGGUCCAGUCGGCCUGCUUCUCGUCCAGUAUCAUCCUAGGUUAUGAGAGCAUCAAGCGGGUGGCACUCAGCGAUGAGUACAGACCGCGCGUGCGCUGGUGAAUAAACACGUACCACCA